AUGUUAUUAGUUUCACAAUCACCUCUUUCACUUUCUUUGGAGAUAUUUCGAUGUUCAUUGGACGACUUUUUUUUUUUUUUUAAUGUAUUGAGCUCCCGAUAUUUUCUUUUAUCGUUCUUUAUUUCCACAAUUUUCUCUUCUUUCGCUUGUUUCCCAUUUUUUUUUUUUUUGGGGGGUCAGAUUUCGUUUGUUUCUUUCUCUCUUAUGCGUUUCUCCGAUCACUUCCCUGUCCCAUGUUAUUUUCUCCUUUUCAUUUUUUCGACUCUUCCUUAUCUGAUUUGUCUCUUCCACUGCCAUUUUCUCUCACAUUCCCAUCACCUUUCUCUUUUUUGGCUCUUCUCUUUUUCUUUCCUGUUUUUGCUUCUACCACCACCUCAUUUUCUUCCAUCUGUUUUCCCUUCUCUUACCAUGGCACAAUCGCCCUUCAUUUCUUUUGACUUUUCACCUCUCCCCUCCCCUUUUUUAUCUCUUUGCCUAUCCUAUGAACUUCUUAUUUUCUUUUUCAUAACCUCUCCCCCUUCUACCACUUUGUCUUUCUUUCCUCUCACCUUCCUCUCCCUUCUUUGUUUCCUCCAUCUUGAAAUUCUCCUUCUCUCUUUUUCUCAAUUACCGCUUAUCUACACCGGUGCUUUUCUUUUUCCUCCUCCUUUCCUUCUAUAUCACCUUUUUUCACCUUCCUCCGACUUUCCCCACACUUUCUCCCCUCCUCCAAAGUUUCUAACUUCUUUUCCCCACUUCCUUGGACUUCUCCAUCCAACUCUCCCUUCAUUUCUUUUGACUUUUCACCUUUCCAUUUUUUUAUCCCUUUGCCUAUCCUAUGCCUUCUCAUCUAUUUUCUCUUUCAUAACCUCUCGCCCCCCUCCUUCUACUUCUCUUUGUCUUUCUACUUUCCUCUCAUCUUCCUCUAUCUUCUUGCGUCCCUCUUUUUCCCCCCCCCCUGCUUCCAUCGUCUCCCUUCGCACUGUGAUCGGUUUUCAGCGUCCGUGCCCGGUGUGCAGAUGA